AUGACGCGCGCUGUCCAGACCCUCUCCGUUCUUCUCCUUGUCUCUUCCCUUUACCUCUCUCUUUACCUUGGCCUCGUUCCCUUGAAUGAGACUAUCCAGAUCGAGAUUAUUCCAGUUCUUCCCUUCUACGCGCUUAUUGUCUUUGCUUGCUACCUUCUCGCCCGUCUGGGCAUCGCAAUCCUCACAUUCAACGACGUCCCGGAGGCACACGCCGAGCUACAGAAGGAGAUCGAGCUCGCCAAAGUGGAGCUGCGACAGGGAAAGGUUGAGGUUGAUUAA